GAAGCGGAAGGGGCGGGGCUCCGCAGGCCGAGUUUCCAGCGCUGCCGCCGCCAGAGUCAGACCGGGAGCCGGAGCGGGCUGAGCCGCUGAGGCAAGAUGGUGGACUAUAGCGUGUGGGACCACAUAGAGGUGUCUGACGAUGAGGACGAGACGCACCCCAACAUCGACACGGCCAGCCUCUUCCGCUGGCGGCACCAGGCCCGGGUGGAGCGCAUGGAGCAGUUCCAGAAGGAGAAGGAGGAGCUGGACAGGGGCUGCCGCGAGUGCCGGCGCAAGGUGGCCGAGUGCCAGCGGAAGCUGAAGGAGCUGGAGGUGGCCGAGGGCGAGGGCAGCAAGGUGGAACUCGAGCGGCUGCAGGCCGAGGCUCAGCAGCUGCGUAAGGAGGAGCGGAGCUGGGAGCAGAAGCUAGAGGAGAUGCGCAAGAAGGAGAAGAACAUGCCCUGGAACGUGGACACGCUCAGCAAGGACGGCUUCAGCAAGAGCAUGGUCAAUACCAAGCCAGAGCCGGCGGAGGAGGAGUCGGAGGAGGUGAGGGAGCAGAAACACAAAACCUUCGUGGAGAAGUACGAGAAACAGAUCAAGCACUUUGGUAUGCUCCGCCGCUGGGAUGACAGCCAGAAGUACCUGUCGGACAAUGUCCACCUGGUGUGCGAGGAGACGGCCAACUACCUGGUCAUCUGGUGCAUUGACCUGGAGGUGGAGGAGAAAUGCGCGCUCAUGGAGCAGGUGGCGCACCAGACGAUCGUCAUGCAGUUCAUCCUGGAGCUGGCCAAGAGCCUGAAGGUGGAUCCCCGGGCCUGCUUCCGGCAGUUCUUCACUAAGAUCAAGACCGCCGACCGCCAGUACAUGGAGGGCUUCAACGAUGAACUUGAGGCCUUCAAGGAGCGCGUGCGGGGCCGCGCCAAGCUGCGCAUCGAGAAGGCCAUGAAGGAGUAUGAGGAGGAGGAGCGCAAGAAGCGCCUGGGCCCCGGCGGCCUGGACCCUGUUGAAGUCUAUGAGUCUCUCCCUGAGGAACUCCAGAAAUGCUUUGACGUGAAGGAUGUGCAGAUGCUCCAAGAUGCAAUCAGCAAGAUGGACCCCACCGAUGCGAAGUACCACAUGCAGCGCUGCAUUGACUCCGGCCUCUGGGUCCCCAACUCCAAGUCAAGCGAGGCCAAGGAUGGGGAGGAGGCAGGCCCCGGGGACCCCUUGCUGGAAGCCAGCCCCAAGCCAGGCGACAAGAAGGAUGUCAGCGCCUAACUCGCCGCAGCUGCUGCCCACCUGCCUGCAGGCCCCUGUGUGCCCCUCUUCAGAAAACAGAAAUAGAUGCCGUCUCCCCAGCUCCUGGCUUCCUCCACUUUCGCGCUCCUGCCCAGCCUGGGGCCGGGAGAGGGCCUGUCCCCGCCCCCACUGCCCCCACCUCCAGUGCUCAUCCAAGUCUCUGCUUUGAGUCAAGGGGCUUCACUGCCUGCAGGACGCUACCCCCUCCCCCAUCAGCAUUAUGCCAAAGGCCUAGGGGUCCAGGGAGGGGUGGAGGUCGCUAGGCUGGUUCCUGGGGUGGGGGGUGGGGUCUCCAGCCCAGAGGCCUGCUCCAGUCACUAUGGGCUCUGUUUUCACUGUUCAUCUGCUGUCGGAGUCUUCUAUAUGGUAAACAGCAAUGAUCUUCCAAUAAAGGAUUUCAGAUGCUCAGGGGGGCGUCUCGAGGGCUGUUGACACAGCUCUUCUCGUGGAGUGGGAGGGAAACCCAGUGAGUGUUGGAGGCCUGGCCUGUGGUGCCUCAGGCUUUAUCCUCCAGCCAUCUGGGCAGCUCCCUCUGUUCGGAUUCCAGGCUCUUGCCCACGCUGUUCCACUGCCUACAACAUUCUUCCCCAGGGUUCCUUUACCUUGGAGUUCUCAGCCCCACCCCCCACUCUCUGGCUUGGCCCCCAGGCCCCCUGCCCCAUUCAGGAGCAUUGGCCCAUCUCUGACCACUACCCUUUGUAUCCAUGGCCUCCAGUUGGGUCCAGAUCCCAUCUCCUCUGGCCUGCAGCCCACCCCAGCCACUUCCACUAUCCACCCCCCCAACCCCAGUCCACAGCAGACCCCAACAGCAGUGGCCAGAGGGGAGCCAGGAACAUCCGUCCCUGAGAGCAGAAGCCUGGAGUCCUCUCUGCAGCGCUCUCUGCCCCAGUCUCUUCCUGUCCCCGCUCCGCUCGCCCCCUCCCCUGCUCCCUCCUUGCAGGGCCUGAGCACUUUAAAUUUCUCUAUCAGUGUGACCUUGGGCAAAUACCUCCCCCUCUGCACAAUGAGUAAUGUUAGUGCCUUUCUCCUGGGGACUUAGUGCUAAAAUGAGAUCAUGCCACAGGCAAGCAGGGCGCCUGGCACUUCAAUUCUCAAAAUGUGGGCCUUGGCGUAUGCCUGUCCCUCUCCCCGGAUACCCUUCCCUGCACCCCUCGUGAGGCUCCUUUAAAAAGUAAUGAAAUAUUUGGGCCACAUGAAAGGCCUUAAAGAAUAGUACAAUGAACAAGGACACCAUUUUAGGAUGAAGCCAAGCAGGGAGGCCCUCUGCCUGCCCCUUCCAGGGGGUUACACCCCUGGCAGCUGCUUACACCUCGGACCAGAGCUCCGUGCCACUUCCUCCCCAGGGCCCUCCUUGGCCCACCUGAGUUGCCCCUCGCGUGCAGUCAGGCGGCUUGUCUCACCUGCCAUGUGCCACGCUUUGCCGGCCUGUGUGCUGUCCUCUCCCUUGAGCUGUGGCCCUGAGAUACAGCCCCCUGGAUGGAUCCGGCCUCAGUGGGCGCUCAGUAAACCUCUGUCCGCUAAAGCGAAGAGCCCGUAGAUGCUGUUGUGUGCAAGCUGAUUGCCACCAGGGGGCAAUGGUGAGCUGUAGACCCUGCGGGCAUCCCCUAAAGCUUUUAAAUGGUGGGCAUGGCGCCGAUCUGGAGGGCUUGGGGAGGAGGAAGGCAUUCCUAAGGCCCUGGGGAAACCUCGGCCAUCCAGGAUAGGCGACUUCAUUAUUUACUGUGAAAACUUUCAAAGAUGGAAUCCAUAUUAUUGGUUUUUCCUUUUGCCUCAGGCUCUAACUCAGCACUGUUAAUGAAUCUCUACUUAAAAUUUGAGUAUUUUGUUCAUGGGUGUUCUUUUGUUCACAUUAAUUGUGCUUUUUAAAAAAUACUUCAUUAAAGUAUUUAUCUUGGUUA